CAGCCAAUACGAUUUAUCGCAAUACGAUUCUACCUUCGUUCGCUAGUGCUGGCUAGCUUUAGUCCUGCAUGUCUGGUUGCCACAUGUAGGGAAUCUCUGAUUCUUCAUCAUGUUCGUGAUUCUGCUCAGAGCUUUGAGCCUCUUCUGCCACGAUCCGUAAAUGUGCCAAAAUCCUUGGAUCUGAGAGAAUAUUUGAAGACGAACGCUUGGAGAAUAAACCUUGAGGCUCCUGACCUUGUAUUAUAUCAUCCAUCAUCUACAGAAAAAAGCCAUGCAUACGGAGCGAGAUUUACGGAACUUCUCUGUUUUGGACUUCGUAAAGGGCGCGUUAUUCGACAUCUUUCAGGAAUCGGAAGUUGUGUACACACUCCGCCGCACAAGUUGAUUGACAAAUUAUCGGCGCCCCAAAAAGGACAUGGUCAGCAGUACUUCCCAUGACAACUCGGCACCAAGGCAACGCGCGGUGUUCUGGAAGUUCACAAAAUGGCGUUCUGGGUUGUUUAGGAAUUCAAAAAACAAAUCUAAUGGGGUGCAGUGAACACUCAAAUGACAGGAAAAUGGAAGAAACGUUUGAUGAAAGGCUUCAAUAUGUCUAAAAGUUCCUCAAGUUCGAAUUCUUCCUCUGGUUCCUCAUCAGGUUCGGAGACUGAUGAUAGACAAGACUAUGAACCAUCUCCUGUUUUGAUUCGCGAACCACAGGCAGUCCGAGUGUCGGAAUGGAGUAUCACACAUUCGAACAUAGAAGUCCCAUCUCAGCCUUCAUUUACUACCAGUCCCCCCAGACCCAAGCCUCGCACAAAGAGAACAGACCAUGCUGAUGGUACCAGCAGCUAUGCAGAUGAAGUGCAAUCCCUUCAGACACGCCCCCCUUGGCAGAUGCUGAAGACAAAUGAUGCCCUACCCCCUAGGGCUCUUACUGUAACAUCAGUGUCACAGGCCCAUGAUCUACAGGCUGUGAUUGGAUUGGAAGCAGCCCAUGCCGAGGGCCAGUCUUCAUCUGAUUGGCUGGGAAGACACAGCAUUAAAGCAGAGGCUCUUUCAUUUGAUGAAAUCAUGAAAUGUGGAGUUCCUAUUAAACCUCCCCUUGGCUCAGAUCCAAGUCAAGUUCACAUGAAGUAUGAUCCUGUCAAGCUGCAAGAUUUUGAAUUUAAAAUUACCAAUCUGAUACAGCUGUGCCAGCAGAGAAUAAACUGGUUGUUGAAAGGAAGUAGAAGGGCAUUUGGUUUGGUGAAAGGCCAGAAUGUAGCUCUGUUAGUUGAUGCAUCAGACUCAAACUGUGGGUAUGGCAGACUACAGCUUUUUCAAGAAUCUCUUGGGGAGCUUAUUGAUGAGCAGUUGGCCAACAAAGAAAGACUAUUCCUGGUAUCAUUUGGAACCCAACCCAAGCCAUUAUGGACAGUGGUCAGGGAUGUGAACUGUCGCAUUGUUGAAGAGUCUCAUUGGUGGGCCAACAGUUUACGUCCUCAAGGUGGAUGCAAUGUUCUGUCUGCACUUAAACAGGUUGUCAAGAGAAAAGAGAUAGACUCUAUUGUUCUGGUCUUGGGAAGCUGCCCUGACCAGAAUCCCAAAGUAAUAUGUGAGUAUGUCCGUGAGUCUUUGGCAGGAAGAAACGCUCCUUUACAUACUGUAGCAUAUGACUGCAGCAUCUCAGCAACUAAUAUGUUUCUUCAGGAGCUUGCUGAACAGACAGGAGGGAGAUAUCACUGUUAUGUCUCAACUAGUGAUGAACAAAUUAUGACUGGAACUGAUCUCAGUUUAAUAGCUGAUGAAAUGAAGAAGGCUCAGGAAAUCUUGAAGAAGAUCCAUGAGAUGAAAAAUGGAGUCAUUGGUGACAAAAAAAUUGUCAUGCACACAGGUGUCGGCACUACUGUGAGCACUGUUCAGCAAGGUCUGGAGCUUAUGAGGAUACCACCUGAAGAGGGUGAGAUACUGAAAACCGACAGCUCUCCACUUGUAGUUGAACACCCCUCAUUUCCAGCCAGAACAUCAGCUGAGUGGCUGAGACAGCAUGGGUUGAAAGCCAAGGGACUCAAUCUUUAUCAAGUGUUAGCCCCCAAUUCAUUCUCGUACGUGGAUGGAUACAUUUCUGCCAUCAACAGAAAUGUGCAUUCUCUGGUCUAUGAGAGGAGUAUGGCACAGUUUAAAUGGCAUGAUGGAUCUGUGAAGAAUGUGCAUGUCGAUCCAACGUUGCUUUUUGAUUAUCAGCGUCACUUGGAAUCUGCCGUUCACCUGUACAAAAGACGCGUUGAUUGGCUUUCGGUUGGUUGCAGAAGAAUAUUUGGAACAGUUGUGGAAAAGAGGGUUAUUGUGUUGUUGGACAUGUCAAUAUGUAUGUCGCCAGCUGUUCCUAAGCUUCAAGAUCACCUCAGACUUUUACUUGAACAACAAAUGGCCAACAAGACCUCCUACAACUUUAUCUGUUUUGGUGAUAAAACUGAGAUGUUUCGCCCCGUCAUGGUAGAACCAUCUCCUGAGUAUCUUGAGGCGACUUGGAAGUGGCUUCUUCGGAGAGGUUGCACUGGAAGCAGAAACUUUUUGGAUGCUUUUAGGAAAGCUGUGGAAAAUGAGGAGGAAAAGGCUCGUGGUAUUGAAGUUGAAGGGAUUUAUGUAAUAACAAGUGGAGUCCCGGAUGAACCAAAGGAGGUAGUCUGUGGGUUUUUACGUGAAGCUUUAGCCGGCUCCGACACAGCAGUGCAUACUAUUUUCUAUGAGGUGGAUGACGAAGAUGGCUUGAUAGCAAUACCGGGAAAGUACGCCGACAGAGGAAAGACCGCUGAGUGCUUGAGACAGAUGGCUCAUGCUGUCAAUGGCCGGUUCCACUGGUAUAGGAGUGGAGCAAUUGUCGAAAGUGAUGAUCUUGGGGCUGUGUUAAAUGAAAUGGAUAAAACUUUCAAUUACUCUCAGAAAAUUUCCAUUCUCUUGGAAACAGUUAGAAAGAAAAAACCAGUGGCGCAAGUGAUUGGCGACUCAAAUGAUGGUGAAAAUCAACUUGUUCCCAGGCCGCCAUCUGCUGGCAAGUCCCGAUUACCACUGACCCCACCUAGACAUACUGCACUAACCAAGGCUCGAAUGAAGAAAAAGGGUGGCUGCGCUUUGCCUCCGAUAAAAGCUACAAACGAAGAUCUUAGUAUUCGUCCCCAGACGGCGGGCUCUAGUAGACCCAGUUCCUCAACAAGUGGUAAAAAGGCCAGGCCACAAAGUGCAUCAUCUCAAACCAAGGAAUCGACGUUGAAGGCCCUACAGUGGAAACCUCCCACAGUGAACAGUACUACCUCUCUUAUACCUGCACCUCCUCCGGCUAAAAAUGUUGUCAAAGAGAGAAGACCGUGGUCAGGUGGCGUUAAACCGGUUCAGCAGGCUUUUUACACCGAAUGGAAAAAUGAAACAGGUGCAGUUUUCACUCAGUAUCCUUCCAAAAAGAAAGUCAGACGACCGAUCAAGCAUCCAUUUAUACCCGACAAAGAGGAAAGCGUUAGCACCAGAGAGUGGAUGCGUCAUUAUAGCCUCUCAAAGCUUAAGUUGGACCUUAAUAACAUUGUGGGAACUGCGGAAUGUUCACACGCGAAAGGAAAAGUAUCAUCUCUGGGACAGUCAGUAACUGCAAGAUACUGCAACAUUUUCCCAAGCGUAGAAGUUAAGGGAGUUGUGAAACAUCUCCAUCUGCUACCGCACGAAUUAGAAGAUUAUGAGGAUCAAGUGGAAAAGGUUUUAAGAAGAUACGUGAAAAGACUGCAGUGGUUACUGAGCGGUAGUAAACGUGUGUUUGGCACAAUAGUCGAGAAAAAUGUGGUGGUGUUGAUCGACACUUCAGGCUCCAUGGUCAGUAGCAUGGAUGAACUGAAACGAGAGCUGGUUGCGCUUGUCUGGGACCAAAUUAGACACCAGGCUACAAAGUUUAAUCUCAUUCGGUUUGCCUCCGAAGUGGUGUCAUGGAAACCAAGCUUAAUGUCAACGUCAGAUGACAGCUGUCAAGAUGCUGUUGAAUGGGUUUCUGACUUUGACGCCAAUGGUAGCACGAGUACAUUACAAGCCCUUCAGAUGGCAUUUGAGGAUCCAGACGUUCAAGGGAUAUACCUACUGACUGAUGGAAAACCAGAUAACAGUACGACUAUGGUACUAAGAGAGGUGGCAAAGUUGAACUCAGGAAGGAAUGUGCGUGUUCACUGUAUUUCAUUCAACUGUGACGAUAGUGUGGCGAACAAGUUUCUUCAGCUUUUGGCCUCUCAGACAGGCGGAAGAUAUCACCGUUGUCAAGGUGAUCCGGAUGGACACAUGUUCACUCACAGACUCCUCGCAGAAGGCUUCCGUGAAGACGAGCCUCUGAGCAUGCCUGUAUUUGAGGGAGACGACCUUCGCAGACUAGCAAGUGAAAUUGCUCUUUGUAGGAAGUUCCUGUUGCAGUCCAGAUCAUACAGGGCGUUGUUCCCCGAGAACACGAAACAAGGCCGGUCUGAAAAAUUGAAUGGUGGACAAUCACUGACACAACCACGAAAUUCCAGAUCACAAGUUGGAGUGGCCACUAGAUAGAAAUAUUGGUGAAACGAGCGUUCAAAGAGUGUUCUGAUCGCACGGAUGAGUGAGGUCCUGAAAAGGACUGUUGCUGCAGUGUUUGACGUCUCCACAGCCUCAGCGGAUCAGUCUCAAGUACGGGGCGGGGUUAACUCUGAGAAAGCAGUCUUCUUUAUUCUCACCCGGAAGAUCAUACUGCACGAUCAAAAAGGAAAUGAUCACCAACUAAAGAAACUCUUGAUUGUUAGACAAAUUCUCCUUGUUAGUAGCACCAGAAAAUGUAUAGAGAAUAAUAUGGAGAACUUGCAUACUGAACUUAGGGUGUAAAGUUUUAUUGAAAAAAGAAUAACUUACGUAUUGGACGACGAUGUGACAGGCAGUGCAGAGUGUUAAAAUAUGUAGUUGUAUUGAUUCUGUGGCGCAAUUGUAUAUUGCAUGAUGUGUAAAUAUUUUCUAAAGAAAUACUUUUGAUGCUUUUAUAAAGAUAGCAAUUGCUCGACUCUCUAAGAUAAUUAACCUUAAAAAGAAAGACAAUUUUGUUACGUUUUAGCGAAAUUGUAUAAGGUGUAGGACUCUUUGAUACAAACUUCACGAGAAUU